ACGUAAGUUAACUUGUCUUUGGCGUGUGACACAGAGUACAUGCUCCUUAAAAACUCCUCAAGAUUCAGAUCCCUGUUACUGCAGGUGCGAGGCUCUUAAAUGAGGGUGAAGUCAGCUGUCUGUUCUGCUGACAAUUUAAAAAUAUUAUUACAAAUAUUGUUGGUAGCUAUAAUUUGUGUUUAUAUAAAGUAGGGGCAGUGAAUCAUGAAUACGGCAACACUUCACUUGAAUAUAAGAAUUAUAAAGAUGUUUUUUACUGUAUUAUGAAGGCAUCUAUGCAUGAGAAUUUCAUAAAGCAUUCACAGUGCAUAAAACAUUUAAUAUUAUGUCUUUUUAUAAAUAGAAAUUAUAGCCAUGUUUAUUAUGCUUUAUGAAUGCAUUGCGUUGUGAAUGAGUUCAAAGAUUGUUAGAGACAUGGCAUUCAUAGAAAGUGUUACCGUAAAUAUUAAUGCUUUCGUUAUAUAAAUAAAUACGAAUAGUUGUAGUAUAUCUUUAUGUAAUAUGGAUGGAUAUGCAUAGGUUGCUGUUACUUUUUAUAACAUCCAAGGUCUGGCCAGCCAACCAGAUUGCGGGCGAGGCAGUGAGAGGAUCCCGAACGCGAAUGGGAAGGAGGCGCAACUGGAGCGCAGCUUAGCUGCACUGCGCCACUGGAAAGCGCUCGCUCUCACUGCGGAGCCCAAAGAGCCAUCGGGACUUUCGCAAAUCACUUCACAAGCCGAACAGAGGGAUAAAGGGGAAAAAAAUAUGGAAUGUUCUUUGUUGGACGGCAAAAUUGGAUUACAUAUUGUACAGAAUGUUUUGCGAGAUUUUUAAUACUACUUAGGCUACAUCAUUAGUGGUUUCUUUUGAACUUUGUACAAAAUAUUAUAUUUAUACAUACGUACUAUAAAUAUAGGCCUCUCUGUAAACAUACGGGAACGUGUUUUAUUUAUAAAGCUUUACCGCCGGACUUUUUCAGUAGCCCGUUUUUUCAACAAUUAAAGAGAAAUAACCAUGUUGUUCUACCUCCAACUAAACGCCCAUCAAAGAUACAAGGACGUGAGCAAAAGGCGUGCUCUGGUCUUUAUGUAGCCGGUGUGAGACACUAAAGAAACUUACACCUGUAUUUCAGUGAAGAUGCUCGUAAGUCCGCCAUGAGUUGUGGAGGCUUGCGGCUCGGGCUGUGUCACUGAGGAAUGGUGCUGAAUUCCCUGCGGCUAGGAGCAAUUUUCCGGCUCCUACAGGGUCACUUUUUUCCUGGUCUGGGGGAAACGGGAUUAGCGAGCGAUGGGAACCGCACUGUACUGCUUCCUCGUCUGCUCGCUGUGCGUGCCAUGUGCCACCAAAGAGAAUUCUCCGAUUCCUCGGGACCUUAUAGAGAAACUGUCCCGUAGCGAAAUCCGCAGCAUCAGCGACCUCCAGCGGCUCCUUGAAAUCCAUUCCGUAGGAAAUGACGUCAUAGAGGAGACCAAGCAGAGGUACCACAAGGACAUCUGGCACCACUACACAGAUGUGAAGAGUUCACAAGGCCGUAUCAGGCAAAAAAGAAGCAUCGAGGAGGCCGUGCCAGCUUCCUGUAAGACGCGGACGGUGGUGUACGAGAUCCCGCGCAGUCAGGUGGACCCCACCUCCGCCAACUUCCUGCUGUGGCCGCCGUGCGUGGAGGUGAAGCGCUGCACCGGCUGCUGCAACACGGGAAACAUGCGCUGCCACCCGUCGCGCAGACACCACCGCACUGUCAAGGUGGCCAAGGUUGAAUACGUCCGGAGGAGGUCAAAGUUGAGGGAGGUGUUGGUGCGACUCGAGGACCACCUGGAGUGUGUGUGCACAUCGCAGCACUCGGACGUGCAGACAGAUAUGACGUGAGUCAUACAAGGUCUGGGAUUCCAGCAUGGUGAUGGGGGCGUGGGGCACGACCUUGACCUCCACUGAUCCCAGACACGCCCUCCCACGUUUGCCUUUCGAAAAAUGCAGCCAAAUAGCAAAUGCAGAAGCAGCGAAGUAGCAAAACAGCAAACACAAGGACAAAGGUGUUGGCAAAAUGGAGACUGUCGUUCUGCACUGCCGGUGUCCGGAGGCUUCCGCUGGGCCAGCUGCUGAUGAUGGGAAUGACAACAGCACCGAGCUUUGAACGGGACUCAAGCAUGCUUGAGGUUCUUGGUUCUGUCACAGAAAUUUGGUAAAACUGGUGGAGGAGGAGGUGCCAGAAGUACACAGGGCCUUGGUCUGCACAAUACGUGACACAUGGGGAGCUGGACCAUUAAGGACAACAGGAGCACGCCCCAGUAAACCAGUGUCUGAUGGCCUUACGCCAGACCUUGCUUAUACCCUGAGAAACAGGUUUUGAUACCGCCGGCUGUGUGGACUUGGACAGCAUUCCACAAGUGUAAGAAAAUAUGAUUUUACCGGGAAGCACAUUUUAGACUUGGCGUCAGCUGGUGACUGGAUCCGGCAUUAGUGAGGAUCAUGGAAGCUGAUGGUGGAGUCGCAGGAAACGGGGACAGCCACUGACGUCCAUCCGACCGUGUAAAUCGGGACAGGAAGUGGAAUUGAUCCCUUAAGAUAACAGACAGGCCUUUUUAUCAAGACAUUGGAACCUUGGAAAGAUGGAACCUUAGAACCUUGCACGGAGACGGCAGAAUUCUGCAUGUUCUUUAGGGUUUCCUCACCAAUGGUGGUCUUUCUUUUGGUGGAGCUGGCUGGCUGAUUGUCUUUUCUGUUCAAGAUACGUAUCUACACCUUAUUUUUAUAACCAUUUGUUACUUGUUUGAUUCUCUUGCUGUACAAACAAAACACCUUCUACUUUGGGUAUUACUACUAAUAAACUAUUUAUAUCUAUCA